AUGCACAUCUCACCGAAACUGGAUCAGAUCUACGACAGUCGUGUCACCACGUUCGUCACCUUGCAACCUCGGCGGCCAAUAGGUCUGAUACAGGUCGUCUACGUCCAACAGGAUACUACGUUCGGGUGCAGCUGGCUUGCAGGUGGCUUGCAUAAUGAUACGAAGACGACCACACCGGCACCGACUGGGACGUCAUGUGCGGGGACUAUUCUGCAGGCAAAUAGGCAGAAACGUAGAGCCUUGAUGGCGACGAAGACCAUGAUCACUCACGUUGUUUCGAAGACAAUGGAUCAAUCACAGGAGUUCUCUCAACCUAUCCUCUCAUCAGUUUGGUUUCUUCAACCGCUCAAGCUGUACGAGUCGGUCAAGCCAUACUGCUUGGCUUUCACACCCGACCAGCAGAUUCCUCGCGAAAAUAUUCAGCGGCAAGAAGUUCCUAUCCGUAUAUCGGAUAUGCGGAACUCUGAUACAGACUUUGAUCUUGAGAGCAAUGGCUUCACGUUGUUGACACUUCCAGGGAACGAGCAGGACUUGGACUGGGAAAAUGUCGAAGACGUGAGGAAUAUACAUUACCCGGAAGUAGUCUCAGCGGUCGAGUCUGCCAUCUCUGGUGCUUCCUGUAGAGUCCUACGCCACCAAAUCCGAAAACGAGAUGUUUACUUCCCAAAGUCAACUGGAAGCGAUUAUUCUCAUGGGCAACCUUUGAGAGCAGCUCAUGUCGACAUGGUUCAAUCAUCAGCCGAGCAGAUGAUCCAGGAGCAGCUGGGUCAGGAAGCGAAAAGGAUUCUUGGAAGGAGAUACAUGGUGGCAAAGUAA